GUUCACGUACAGUAAGCGUUGUGAGUUUGAAUUUGAAAACGUUUCGGCGAAAGAUUUGAUGCGGAUCUCAGUUUUGUUUCACAGCUCACGAGUCCGCCAUGAAGUUAAAUAGGUUGACGGCGGAGGCGCUUUUAACAUGGAUGAACGGUGUGUUUCCAAAUGGACCCGUCACACAGUUCAUUCAUAUUAGGGACGGGCACCUGCUCAUGAGAAUCUGCUGUAAAUUACAGGGGAAAGAGGAAUGUGAGAAACUGAUGUCAUUACCCCUUGAUAAUAAAGUGGAAAUCAUCUUCAGCAUUUUGCACAAUGACUUUAACUUCAGCAGAACACAAGGUUCCCUCAUCUCACAGAAAGUGAGUCAAGGAAUUGAUCUGGAGCUUCAGCUCGCCAAGGUGGCACUUCUGCUUUGUUACUGCAGUUUAAAAAAAGACACGCUCAUAAAUGUGAGCACAAGUACAGAGUCUGUGAUUGCGUCUAUAUUUCGUUUUGUAAAAGACAAUGCGGAUGGUCUGUCUUUGGACGAAGGCAUAGAUCAGUUUCUGACCCAAGACUUUGUAAUGAAUUUCUCCAGCUUCAGCUCUGACAGCGGAGCAAGUUCAUCAUUCUACACUGAUGAAGAGUCGCCCCUCUUCAGCCGCCGUCAUCCCAUAGUUCAGUUUCAAGAGCUCUGCACUGUGGCCUCCAGUUCAGAUGGCUCUCCAGUGCAGGACAUGAUGAGCACGCCGCUUUUCCAGUUAAAGCGCCUCCGGAAAGAACUGGCACAUGAAGGGGACAUCAGAGACGAACUGGAGAAAGAACUGGCCAAUCAGAUCAGCAUCGUCUCAGAGAAAGAGGGUCUGAUCUCUCAGCUGCAGCACAGGGUCGAGCGUCUGCUGCGGGAACAGGGAGAGCUGGAGAAAGACCAUAAAGUCGCUCUACUGGAGCUGCAGGAGAAGAACGAGAGUCUACUUCACAGAGUACAUGAGGUUCUAAAGCAAUGCCAGGACCUCAAAACCGACAACUCUCAGAAAGAGAAAAAGAUUGAUGAGCUGACGGAAGAGAACGGGACUCUUGCUGCUCAGGUACGAAACGUCUUUGCUCAGCUUGCGAGAACCGAGGAGGAGGUUGCUAAGCUCACGCUGGCCCACGAAUCAUCUCAGGAUGAGUGCAGGAUCAGAAGAGAGUUUCUGGAGAAAGAGUUGAAUGAGGCCGUCACCCACCAGGAGUGCCUGAGUGAGCAGGUUCAGAUCUUGCAAGGAAAGAUUUCUGUUCUGGAGGAUGAACUCAUAAAAGCUCAAUCUCAGGAGAGGGGAGAGGUUCUUGGUCCCAUCAUGGAGUGGGAGAAGCUUAAACAGGAGUUGGCAGAUCUGACACUUCAACUUGCUCAACUUCAGGACACUAUUUCUCAUCUUGAGAAAGAGAAGGCUGAUGUCGAGGCCUUGUUGGCUAAGGAGAGAGGCUUAUUUGAAAAGGAAACCCAAAGACUUCAGACCAUGGUAUUCGAUCUGGAGCAAUCCAUCAGCAGCAUCAGUAGGGAAAGAGAGACACUGCAACAUGCGUUACAGACCCAGAAAGAGAUGCUCACUGCAAAGAUUGAGGCUCUUGAAAGAGAUGUUUCUCGGCUGCAACAAGUGGAAGUUCAACUAACAGCUGAAAUCAAAAUCUCUGCAGAUCUACGCCAACAGAGAGAGGAGCUGGAGUGGAGGGUAGCCUCACUCGAUCAGAUGGUUUACGCUCUACGUGCUGAAAUCCAGGGCUUGGAAAUGGAAAGAGGAUCGCAGCAGGAUUCUCUUAAUGCUCUCAUGGUUGACCUGCAAACUGCCAAAGCAACCCUGCAAGAAUAUGAGGUGAAGUUGGAAGACCAUCAGAAUUUGGUAAAAGAGAACGAUUCAUUAAAAAAGGAAGCAUGUAAAAUGCGACAGGAGGUUGAUGAGCAUCUGCAGGCUAUCAAAAAUCUUCAAGGGCAAAUCAGUUUACUACAACAGGAUAAAACGGAUGAAGAGAACAAACUGAGCCAGGCCGUAUUCCAAAUUGAGAGCCUCCAAACUCAAAUCACACAACUGUCAGAGCAAAUAUCCCAGAAGGAUGAAGAAAUAAAAAAUCUGAGUAAUGCGUAUGACUCUUUAGAUAACGAGCUGAAGCUUGUGAGGGAACAAAACGUUGAUAUCAAUGAAAUGAUCAAAUCCAUUUGUAAAGACCAUGAGGACACAAUUAAGAAACUUCAGCAGGAGCUUUGCUGUGCCGUUUCGACUGCAUCAAAGAAACAGGAGGAAAUGUUGACGCUGUCAGCAGAAGUAACAUUUCUAAAAGAACAGAUCUGUCACUACAAUGAAAACAAACUGCAGAAACAACAGGAGUUUUCUGUUUUAGAGGCGGAACACAAAGUGAUGAAGGAAAACCUAACAUCUCUUCAAAAUAAGUUAGUGGAAGCGACCGCUGCGACUGCACAGAAAGAAUCCGAGCUCACCUCUCUUCAUCAGGAGCUUUACCAUCAAGAAAUCAUGAGUAAAACAGCUCAGGAGCUCAAGACGGCCAGGUGUGAGGAAUACAAGAAGACUGUGAGUGAACUUCAGGCCAAAAUCCAAGAGGUGUCCUCACUUGCAUCAGAAAGGGAAGCAUGCGUUAGUUCUCUUCAGGAUGAGAUAAAGGAUCUACAGUUAAGAGCAAAACAGUCUGAAGAUGGUCUUCGUACAGAGCAGGAAGAAAAGAUUAAUAACCUACAAAAUAAACUGGAUGCUGCCAAAUGUUGUGUUGCAGAUAAAGAACAUCAACAAGAGUCUUUGGAACAGAAGCUGAAGGAGAUGGAACGGCUUUGUCAACAAAAGGAGAACGAUGUUCUUGAGACACGUCAAGCAAAGGAAGACGUGGAGAAGAGGAUUGUUGAGCUUUACAUUGAGAAAAAUCAACUAAUUGAUUGCCAACAAAAUUUAGAGAUCUUGAAAAAAGAAAAGGACCAAUUUUCUGAUGAAGUGAAAUCUCUCAAAGAAGAAUUAUGCCAUGCCCUAGAAAAGGAACAAGAACAACUAAAAGAUGUGUCGGUGUUGGAGGCUAACCACAAUGAUUUGAAGGAAAACUUGGCCGCUCUUCAAAACAAGUUGCUGGAGGUGACGGCUAGAGCUUUGCAGAAGGAGUCUGAGCUUCUCUUGCUUCAGCAGGAGCUUUGCCAACAAGAGAAUCUCAGAAAAAGCGCUCAGGAGCUUGAGACUGCCAAGUGUGAAGAAUUUGAGAGAAAGGUGAGCGAACUUCAAGCCAAGAUUCAAGAGGUUACCGCUCUUGCCACUGAGAGAGAAACUCAAACAAGUUUGCUUCAAAAUGAGAUAAAGGAUCAACAAGCGAGAGCCAAACAAAUUGAAGAUGAUCUCCACAAAAAGCUGGAAGAGGCUGUUUGUUCCCUACAAGGAGAGCUUAAUGCUGCUAAUUCUGUUGCUACGGAUAAAGAACAUCAGCUGGAGUCUUUGGAAGAGAAGCUCAGGGAGGUGGAAUCGCUUUGCCAAGAAAAGGAGAACGAUGUUCUUGAGACACGUCAAGCAAAGGAAGACCUGGAGAAGAGGAUUGUUGAGCUUUACGUCGAGAAAAAUCAACUAAUUGAGUGCCAACAAAAUUUAGAGAUCUUGAAAAAAGAAAAGGAACAAUUUUCUGAUGAAGUGAAAUCUCUCAAAGAAGAAUUAUGCCAUGCCCUAGAAAAGGAACAACAGAAACAAAAAGAUGUGUCGGUGUUGGAGGCUAACCACAAUGAUUUGAAGGAAAACUUGGCUGCUCUUCAAAACAAGUUGCUGGAGGUGACGGCUAGAGCUUUGCAGAAGGAGUCCGAGCUUCUCUUGCUUCAGCAGGAGCUUUGCCAACAAGAGAAUCUCAGAAAAAGCGCUCAGGAGCUUGAGACCGCCAAGUGUGAAGAAUUUGAGAGAAAGGUGAGCGAACUUGAAGCCAAGAUUCAAGAGGUUACCGCUCUUGCCACUGAGAGAGAAGCUCAAGUAAGUUCGCUUCAAAAUGAGAUUAAGGAUCAACAGUUGAGGGCCAAACAAAUUAAAGAUGAUCUUCACAAGAAGCUGGAAGAGACUGUCAGCUCCCUACAUGGAGAAAUCAAAGCUGUCACUGCAGAUAAAAAACAUCAACAGGAGUCCAUGGAGCUGAAGCUGAAGGAGAUGGAACGGCUUUGCCAAGAAAAGGAGAAAGAUGGUAUUGAGACGCAUCAGGCAAAGGUGGCCCUUGAAAACAGAAUUGACACUCUUCUUGCUGAGAAACAACAUCUAAACGAGUGCCAGCAGAAUUUGGACCUCUUGAAGAAGGAACGAGACCUAUUAUCAACUGAAUUAACAUCCCUCAAAGAAGAAGUCCAGAGUUACCAGGAGAACAAUGUUCAGAAGCAACAUGAGAGAUGUCUUGUAGAAGCCGAAUGCAACACCUUAAAGGAGAACGUGGCCGAUCUCAAGAUGCAGUUAGUGGAGGUGAUGACUACAACCGCACAGAAGGAUUCUGAGCUUCUCUUGCUGAAAAAUGAGCUGCACCAACAAGAGAGCCUUAGAAAAGAGGCUGAGGGGCGUGAGGGGGCUAAAUGUGAAGAGUUUGAGAGGAAGGUGAGUGAACUUCAGGCUCACAACCUUGAGGUGUCCACUCUUUCAUCAGAAAAGGAAGCUUGUUUGAGUUCUCUUCAAGGGAAGAUGGCUGAUCAUCAACUGAAGGCAAAACAGUCUGAAGAUGAUCUCCGCAGAGAGCAUGAGGAAAAAAUUGGAAACCUACAGACACAACUGGAUGUGGCCGGUCAUCAUGCUGCAGAUAAAAAUCUGAAGCUGAGGGAGAUGGAGCAAUUGUGUCAACAAAAGGACAAAGAUGCUCUUGAGACGCAUCAGGCAAAGGAAGACCUGGAGAAGAGGGUUGUUGAGCUUCUUGAAGAGAAACAAAAAUAUAGUGAGUGCAUGCAGAAUUUAGAUACAUUAAGAAAAGAAAAAGACCAUGUGUCAGAUGAGGUAGCAUCUCUUAAAGAACAAGUCUGCCAUUACCAGGAGAAUCAGGUGAGAGCACAACAAGACAUGUCUGAUUUGGAGGUUAAACACAACAUGUUUAAAGAAAACUUAGCUGCUCUCAAAAACCAGUUGGUUGAGGUGACGUCUACAGCUUCACAGAAAGAAUCUGAGCUCCUUCUACAAAAUAAAAACCUUAAAGAACUUUCUCAAGAACUUAAGGAUAAAGUACUAGUGGUCUCCACUCUCGCUUCUGAGAGGGAAGCUAAAAUAGGUUCACUUCAAGAUGAGGUAAAGAAUCAACAUUUAAAAGCCAAACAGUCUGAGGAUGACCUCCGCAAGGAGCUGGAGGACAAGAUUGAAAUCUUACAGAGCCGAUUAGAAACUGCCAGUUGUCACGCUGCGGAGAAAGAAUAUUUCCUGGAGUCUUCGGAUCACAAGCUGAGAGAAAUGGAAGUGCUGUGUCAACAAAAAGAAAAAGAUGUCCUUGAAAUACACAGGGCGAAGGUGGAACUGGAGAGAAGGAUUGUUGAGCUUCAAGUUGACAAACAACAACAGGAUGGUCAGCAGCAGAAGAUGGCUCGACAGUGGGAGGAAAAGAACCAGGAACUCCUGGAACAACUGAGGAUCAAGUCGGAAGCAGUUGAACACUACAAGGCACAGGUGGAGAAAGCAAAAAAUCACUACAACGGUAAAAAGCAGCUGCUGGUGGAGGCUCAGGAGAUGAACCAUAAUCUUGAGAACUCCCUGGAGGCCAGCAAGAGAGAAGUCAAAGCUCUGGAGACUGAAUUGAUACAGACUCGCAUGGAAGUAGACCAGGCAAAGACGAAAGAGAAGAACCUGACGACCAAAGUGAACAGCUUGGAAGCUCAGGUGGACUUUGCUAACAGGCAGCUGCGAGAGCAAAAAUAUCUGAGCGAUAAUAUCAAAGAGGUGAGACACAGAGAAACUCUGUACACACGAGUCCCAGAGACACGCCAGGACACCAGUACAGACAGCUUAGAGCUGGAACUCAACGAUUCUCUCAAUCCUAACGGUCAUUCGGCAAUGCCGGAUGAGUCCAGCACUCCGUUGGUCCGUAGCUCAGAGCGUUUGGCAGCUAAACGGCAUGCGUUGGGGGCAGAAUCCCUCGAGACUCUCUAUUUCACACCAAUGAGUCAACAAGGCAACAAGAGAAAAAGCAACGAUGCCAUCGAACACAAACUGGAGUCAAGCAUCACUUCAUUUGGUGAUCUCGUGGUCGACUCUGCCAAGAAACUCACGGCCUCGGCCCGCAGGCGGCGUACUACACAGGUUAUCAACAUCACCCUGGCUAAGAAGGCAUCGGGUGAAGGCGAAGAGUCGUUUUGUAGUCUGCACUCUGCCCGAUCUCAUCCCAACUUGGUGGUACAACACUCACGGCCUUUCUCAUUGGACUUCUCAGAAGAUGGUGCUUUAUCCACAACGGACAAACUUCAAAGUUUGCCAGGAUAUCGCAGAAGUGCCGUGCACACCGCUGGCCCAACAAGAGCCACUAGUACGUUCUGCAUCGGAGCAGAGAAUGAACCUGAGCAUGCCGCCGAUGACUGGAUGCGCAUCGCUGAACUGCAGGCGAGGAAUAAAACUUGUCUGCCUCAUCUGAAGAGCAGCUACCCGCUGGAAUCAAGGCCCAGUCUAGGACUCCCUUCAUUCACCCUAACAGACGAUGACCUGCGGAUGGGUGACCCGGAUGAGACGAUUCGACGUGCAUCCAUGAUUCCCGACCAGAUUCAGGAAUCCUUGAACUCUCGCCGCUUCUCUCUGGCAGUUGGAACAAGCUCAAAUCAGAGCCUCGCAAAAUCCCAGCCUCAACGCGCCACCAUGUUACCAGGUCAGAUCAGAUCCAGCACUGCCGCACACCGGGGCGCACAGCUCACGAAAACCUCCUUGCAAGUGCGUGCAUCACAGAAUACCCGCAGCCCAUUGGCUUCCAAACGGCAGGGAUCCCAACUGCAGGGACCUGAUACACCUGAGGCAAAGAAGUUAGCAAGCUGCUUCCCACGACCAAUGACACCUAAAGGCCGACACGCCAACAGUCAAAACAGACCUCCAAUGUCUCCGGCUGAGCGAAGACAAUCUCUCAUGUUCACCGUGGUAAAUACUCCGAAGAAUAACAGUCGGGGUGACAGCAGGCUGCAGAGAGGCCUCAACAAGCUGCGUAACAGCGCCCGCAAAUCUCCUGCCGUGGCCAGUCGGGCCCUGCGCUCCGCUGCCAGCGCUGUUAAUGGCAAAUCUCCUCUGGACUCAAGAAAAUCACCUCGCAACAAGUCUCCCAAAGCCCCCAAUGCCAAAAAGACGAAAUUCAGGAUAAAGGUUUAAAUUGAAGGCUCCACCGAAAAUCUGUCUUCUUGGAUCAGAGUUUUUAAGCAAACUAUGCAUGUUCCUUCUUGGUUUCUGUAGUUUUUAAAUAAAUUUUAUUUGUUUUUGGUAUGUUGUCAGUUUAAUGACUGUUGCCUUGUUUGUUUCAUGUAAUUGGUUCUGUUUGUAUUAUAUUUAAAUGUAUUUCUUGUUUUAUGAAAAUAAAGUCUUAUUUCAGGUGUGCUGAUGAGCUUCUCAGCUUUUGCUAAAUAAAAGCAAUUUCAAAUGAA